CCCAUCCAAUUCGAUACCCCUCCGCCCGCACAUCCCUGGGCAUAUUCCCCUCUCCUCUCGCUUUCUGUCGUCUGCAGCUUAAUCAGAGGAGUGUGCCACUGCGUUGGCCAAAAACAGAGCCGAAACAGAGCGAUCUGCGGGGAGGAGACAGUAAAGAAACCAAGAAUACGGGAGGGAGAGAGAGAGAUCAGAUGGGGAGCUGGUGGCGGGGAGCUCCUUGCCAUCUUGAGCUUCUUUUGGCCGUGAUUUUGGUGGGAGUCGUGAACCGGAGCGAUGGAGGAGUCACCAGUGGGUUUGUCAGAAAGGUGGAGAAGACCAUCGACAUGCCGCUCGACAGUGAUAUCUUCCGCGUUCCUCCGGGUUAUAACGCGCCCCAGCAGGUACAUAUAACCCAAGGUAAUCUUGAUGGCACUGCCAUGAUCAUCUCAUGGGUGACCGAGGACGAACCUGGCUCCAGCGAGGUGCUUUACGGGACUGACGAGGAUAAGCUCGAGCUGUCUGCUGAAGGCAAAUAUACUCGAUACAAGUUUUACAACUACACCUCCGGCUACAUCCACCAUUGCACUAUCAGGCAUUUGAAGUAUGACACUGAAUACUACUAUGCUGUGGGGAUUGGGCACACAGUUAGAAAGUUCUGGUUCACAACCCCACCUGCAGUUGGUCCAGAUGUUCCUUACACCUUUGGCCUUAUAGGUGAUCUUGGACAGAGUUAUGACUCAAAUGUCACACUGACUCAUUAUGAAUCAAAUCCAAAAGCACAAACAGUGUUAUUUUUAGGUGACCUUUCUUAUGCUGAUAACUACCCAAAUCAUGACAAUGUCAGAUGGGAUACAUGGGGCAGGUUUAUUGAGAGAAGCACUGCAUAUCAACCUUGGAUUUGGACUGCAGGAAAUCAUGAGAUUGACUUUGCUCCAAACCUUGGUGAAACUGUACCAUUUAAGCCAUACAGACACAGAUAUCAUGUUCCCUAUAGAUCUUCCAGCAGCAGCUCUCCAUUUUGGUACUCUAUCAAGCGAGCAUCGGCAUACAUAAUUGUCCUGGCAUCAUAUUCAGCAUAUGGUAAGUACACUCCUCAGUACAAGUGGCUUGAAGCAGAGCUACCCAAAGUUAAUAGAAGUGAGACACCAUGGUUGAUUGUUCUAAUGCAUGCACCAUGGUACAACAGCUACAACUAUCACUACAUGGAAGGUGAAUCCAUGAGAGUGAUGUAUGAGCCAUGGUUUGUAAAAUACAAAGUCGAUGUUGUAUUUGCUGGCCAUGUUCACGCCUACGAACGCAGCUAUAGAGUAUCAAAUAUUGCUUAUGACAUAGUGAAUGGAAAAUGUGAGCCUGUGCCGGAUGAAUCAGCUCCUGUAUACAUCACUGUUGGUGAUGGAGGAAAUCUUGAAGGACUUGCUACCAACAUGACAGAGCCACAGCCCAGUUACUCAGCUUUCAGAGAAUCCAGCUUUGGGCAUGCAGUGUUUGAGAUCAAGAAUCAAACCCAUGCCUACUAUACCUGGCACAGAAAUCAGGAUGGCAAUGCAGUGGCUGCUGACUCUCUGUGGUUCUACAACAGCUACUGGAAGACUGCAAAUGAGGCUUCAGCUAUGUAGUGAUUGAACAUUGAUGGCAGUUCAAAGGCAUGAAUGUUGUACUCGCUCCCAACCUUGGGUUAUGUAAUGAAAUGCUUCUCCAUGUACCAAUUGGCAAAGUCAUUGCUGAUUGACAUUUGUGGUGUGGUAUGGGCAAUCUUAUUGGUUUCAAAUUAGUUUAUGUGAUAUUGAU